AUGGGAGCCCAGCAGAGCGUCAAUGCCGGCAAAGCCAAGGUGGAUUUGCAGGUCGACCUCACCCACAUGCUCUGCGAGGCGCUCCUGCUGCCGCCCCUGAGCAGCUCCAGCGCCACCAUCUCGCAAAUCGUCGGAAGGAUCUCCCUCAAACACCCAAGCCUAUUUGGGAGGAGUGAGAAGUUGGACGUGAUUCUGGAUAAGGGUGUCAAUGACUCUAAUGUUGUUGUUGCCUUUAGACGCCCAAGGCCCGAAUGGUUAUCGCAGCAGUCGUUUGUCAUUCAGCACUCGAUGACACCAGAAAUUGCGGUGCAUGGUUUUCCGGCUGACAACUUCACACGGUCAGGGAGCAGAGGGGUGAAUCUAAGCCGGUUGUCGCUUGGGGUGGAGAUUAAUGAACCGACAACAUCAAAAUGGACUUCUGGAACCAGUGUUAAGUUUGAGCAUAUCCGUCCUGUUAAUAAUGAUGGGCGCUCAAUAGCUAGGGACCACGAAGGCUUUCCCCUAACAUGCAGUGGUAACCUCCAUGACAACAUGAUUAUCUUGAAGCAAGAGUCUGGUUAUGCGGAUGUUAAAGAUAAUAGCUUCUUAAGAGUUAAUUUUCAAAUGGAACAAGGAUUGCCACUUGUACCAAAAUCACUAACUUUUAACAGAGUUAAAUGUGCUGUUUCGAAAGGCAUUAAACUGGGGCCAACAUUUUUGGUUACUAGCUUGACAGGCGGUUCCAUUGUGGGCGACAUGGCACCGUAUCAAGCAUUUGCAAUAGGUGGACUUGGUAGCGUCCGGGGUUAUGGCGAGGGUGCAGUUGGUUCAGGAAGACUGUGCCUAAUUGGUAACUGCGAAUACACGGUUCCUUUGGCAAAGAAUCUCGAAGGUUCUCUUUUCAUGGACUGCGGUAGUGAUUUAGGAUCUGCUCGUCAUGUUCCUGGCAAUCCGGCUCUUCGGCAAGGGAAACCGGGAUUCGGUGUCGGGUUUGGAUACGGCGUCCACUUCAACACGGACAUAGGCCAAAUCCGAGUCGACUACGCCAUGAACGCCUUCAGUCGCAAGACCUUCUACUUCAGCAUCAACACUGGCGGUGCUGGCUCAUAG